AAACAAGGGCCUGUUUGUUUGGUUAUCUUUUUAAACAGAACAGAAGUGACAGCGAUGACUCAUUUUUGAUGAUUAACAGAGAAGUUGCCAUUUGGCAUUGGAUAAGUCGAGACUGUAAGGAGGGAAGCGAUGGCGGUGCAGCUCAGCCGUCUUUACGGUGUCCCAAUAAGGCAAAGACCACUGCUGCUGUCGCCACUCACCAGGCGGAGGACCGCCGUAUCUCAGGUGAGAGCUGUGGCAAAAAAUGCUCAGGAGCUGCUGAAAUCCGGCGAGGUUGAGGCAAUUGGGCCAAAGGAAGCAGCAACAGCCAUAAAUUCCGAGGGGUUUAAGCUUUUGGACAUAAGGCCGGCAUGGGAGUGGGAGAAAGCUAGAGUGAAAGAGUCGGUGCAUGUGGCGCUGUUUGUGAAGGAUGAGGAUUAUGGUCCUAUUGGUCUUUUGAAGAAAUGGGUGCAUUUUGGUUACAUUGGACUUUGGACUGGCCAAUACUUGACGACCUUGAAUCCUGAUUUUAUUAAGGAAGUGGAAGCGGCUGUUCCUGAUAAGAACACCAAGCUCCUUGUGGCUUGUGGGGAAGGACUAAGGUCUUUGAUCGCAGUAUCAAAGUUACACAAAGAAGGUUACAAGAACUUGGGAUGGCUGGCCGGAGGCUUCAAUCGUACUGACGAGACAGACUUCCCGUCGGUCGAAGGGCCCGAGAAACUACAAUACGCAACAAUCGGAGGAGUUUCUUACUACUUCCUCCAAUUGCUUGUCCUCUUGCAAGCUGUGGGCAAAAACAGCUGAGUCCAUUUCUAACACUGUUUGUAUCCGAAACUAAAUAGCUUGAAGAAAGUUAAUGGAGUGUAUGGAGAGAUUUGUUGUAAUAAUCUUGAGAAAUCCAAUACAUUCAAAGGUGUGAAAACUCCACCAGAAAUCAAACACAAAGGAUUUUAAUCUAA